CUUCAUCCGUUUAACUAAAUUUGACUUUAAAGCAUCUGCAGUCAGUGCUGUUGGUCUUGGCACAUGAUCUCCACAAGUUCAGGAGCUCCCACGGUGUCGUCACCUCUCCUGAACAUUGUUCCCCCCAAACAAACAUGCCUCCAAAAGGCCCUAAACCAACCAGUGAUGAGCUUCUAGCUCAGUUUGACGACCUCGGUCUUGACAAAUCCGGCAACAAAACAUCCAAAGCCAUCGUAUCGGACAACAAGGGCGGACAGGAAGACAUCCUGGCUGAGCUGGACCACCUAGCCACACAGCGUCCAGCCAGUGGACCAGGUACUCCGCGCCUGUCUUCCGAUAAACCUAGGUCAUCUACAAGGUCUCCCCGCCCGAGCGCGACCAUCGACCGACCGACCGAGGACAAGGCGCCGGUCCGCCAGUCUGAGGAGACAGGCCGGUCUUCACGCGCAGAAACCAAGCCAGAACAGCCCAAGGCUGAGUCUGAGAAUGUCCCCGCACAGCAAUCACCCGAGGAGGGUGCCGGCUGGUGGGGUGGAUGGUCCGGAGGGCUGUUUGCAACGGCCACCGCGGCUAUGAAACAGGCCGAGGCAGCUGUCAAGGAGAUUCAGAAUAACGAGGAGGCUCAGAAGUGGGCCCAGCAGGUCAAGGGCAAUGUUGGAGCUCUCCGUGAUCUUGGCGGCGAGCUUCGAGACAGGGCAAUCCCGACAUUCACCAACCUCAUCCACACCCUCGCUCCUCCUAUUUCUUCGCAUGAACGUCUACAAAUUCACGUGACCCACGAUAUGUCCGGCUACCCGGGCAUCGACCCGCUAGUCUAUGCAGUAUUCUCGCGAGUGAUGUCCCAAGUCGAGGGUGGGGACUUGUUGGUGAUCCAGCGGGGUCAGGAGUCAUCCCCGAAGCGCGGGAUCGAUGUUACCGGCUACAUGACCAGUGCCGGCUGGAAUGAUGGGCCCUGGUGGCGGACGGUCACACCUGGACAACCACGGAGCAUCUCUUCCGUGCGAGGCACCGUGGAAGGCUCCAAGCUCGCUCGAGCCAGCGCCGAGUCCUACGCUACCGAGUAUUUCUCGUCCCGUGGCGGAGUCGAAGAGGCCGCGAAGCACGCUUCGGAAGUCCUGAGUGAAUCGAACCCGGUCCGCAGCAGCGAUAUCUUCUUGGCUAUCCAGGCUAUCAGCCAGACUACUUCCAAGGACCUCUUCCAGGCUGGCCCGACGGCCGAGAAGGAUACCGACGGAGCCGUGGAAGCUGAUACGCAAGAAGAGGAGAUAUCCUUCGCGUUAUACCUCCACGACCCCAUGCAUGGCAUUGCCUUCCACGCCAUCUCUCAAAGUAUCCCGCAGACGUGGAUUGAAUGGCUCGAUGCUUCGGUGCCAGCCCCAGAGAACCCCGAGGCCGAGGAUGCUGCGAAUGUUCAGCGUGUUGUGGUUCCCGAAGCCAUCGCCGAGGUCAUUGAGAGUGGAGGUGUCGAUCCCCGCGAGUGGGUUUCGGAGUGGAUUGAGGAAACCCUCUCGUUGACUGCUGGUAUUAUCGCGCAGCGAUACGUGGCUCGGCGAAUGGGCGUCGGCGAGGGAGGUAUUGGCAAGGGCAAGAUGCGAGCUGAGCAGGUGUCAACUGUGGAUAGCGGUGCAGGCGAAGCUGCGCGUGCGCUCUAG